AUGUUGCGCUCUGGCUGUCUGACUGUAUUCGUGGGUGCCCUGGGAGCUUUCGGAAACUUCGUGCCUGUCAAUGAGCGAUGUGUGACUGCCAUUUUCUCUGCCUACAAUUAUAUUGCCUUCGCGGGAAUCCCAGCAAAGGGAAUGUGGGCAACUCGGUGCCAAAAUCCUCUACAAGUCACUUCGAUCUACGCCGCCAGCGACCUAUAUUGCGGCGAUGCGGAACGCGCUGCAGGUCUGGCGCGCCUGAAAACCGAAUGUGAACAGUUUGGUCACUGCGAUUUACUCCCCAGAGAUGCCGUGGCCGAGAACCUGACCGAGAAUGCCAUCCGAAAUAUGCGCAUUGUCGACUACUUUGACGUACCGCGUGGAGAGCUCAUGAAUGCUCCAGUCAUAAUUUCUGCGUCCUAUUUCAGCCGGAUAUACGCGGGAUAUUUCUACUGGGGUGGAAUUCUACUUCUCGGUGUCCUCUUCCGACUCAUGAAAUGGGCCUUCACUUCCCGCAGCUAUGGCGUGGAUCGUGAAGUUGAAUCUACUUCAUAUCCUUUGACGGUGAAGUGGCAUAAGAUACUCGGGUUUGGUGGUCUGAUUCAUUGGGCGGAAACUCAUUUACUUGUGUCGACACCAUUCAACAAAAGCCAAGAGGUGCUUACUUGCACCUUCUCAAAUAGAGCCGAGGCAUUGCUGGCCCAACAAAAUAGAUCAGAUCCUACGUUAUUCGGCUGA